GCAAGUAAAUCUAGUGUUGACUAAGGUAAUUUUACAGUUGUUUUUAUGAAUAAUUCAGUGGGAGUGCCUGAUAGAAUCAACCUGAACAGACAAAGUUAAAGAUGAAUAUGAUACUUGCUCAUUUGGUGGUAACCUUCUUGUCUGUAGGUUUCACUGUGGCUCAAUGUGCUCCUGAUGUCAUCUCUGUUUUUAUUUUAAAUGAUAGAACCAUCCAUGUACCAUUGACAGAGCCAUUAUGUCUUCAAUGCAGGUUCUUUACUAAUCAAGGCAACUAUUUUACCUUUUCUGAUGGUGUAUGGAGGAAGGGCAGUACUGUACUGAAUGAUGGGGACUUUAAUGGAAAUGUUAAUUUAUCAAGUACUUCUGAUACUAUCUUCCUGAGCCUGGAGUAUCCUGAUGAUGUUGUUAAUGUUGGUGAUACUAUAACAUGCUCAUCAUCAACUGCUGGUCAACAAAGCAUCAUCACUUUUGGAGAUUUUGUAUUUUUAGACCCAGUUGUAUCACCUGAUAGCAUAGUUAAUAUCACUGAAGGAUCUAAUUUAACAUUAACAUGUUCUAAUCCUGGUAAUACUGGUAUGCCACGUUAUGUAUGGAUUAAUGAUAGUGAUGUUAGUGAGCUAACACCUGUCAUUAAUAAUCCUCCUUUAAACUUAAAUAUAAUAAAUAUUGACAGAGCAGCUAGUGGUAAUUACACUUGUAGAAUAACACACAUUGAUUCACCAGGUAUUAACAGAGAAACUACAGUCACUGUUAAUGUACAACCAUUAAACCUUCCAGCAGUUUCUAUUUAUAUUUAUCAAACAACAGGACCUGUUAUUAUCAAUUGUACAUAUGAAACUUAUGAUAAUUCCAUUGAUGUGAAGUGGGAACAUAAUGACUCAUUACUUGAUCCUAAUAGUGAUCCUUAUAUCACAGUUAUCACACAAUCCUCUAACUCUGAGCUCACUAUCUCUUCCCUCACCCAACAGUAUGUAGGAGCAUACCAGUGUUUAGUCACUAAUAGAGCUGGAUCUGUUAAGAGUGGAAAAGUAAAUGUCACAAUUGAUCAAGCACUUUUAUCAAGUAGCAGCAGCAGUAUAUCAAUACCAACUACCAGUAGAUCAAGUAGCAGCAGCAUUAUAUUAAUACCAAAUACUAGUAGUAGCUCUAGCACUGCAUAUACUUCUAUGCAUAGAAGUCAGACCAUUAUAAUAACAGCAAGUCAACCUGUAGCUUCUAGUUUAUCUUGUGAAUGCAGUAGUAAUGUUGUUGUAGCAGUCUCAUCAGUGAUUGUGAGUUCCAUUAUCUCAUCUAUAGUAACAGCAUUAGUUGCUUUCAUCAUCAGUUGCUAUUUUUAUAAGAAAUCCAUCAAUAAAAGUAGAUCAAUUGAUAGACUGAAAGAUAUCCCAGUUGAUGUUAAUUUAGCUUACUCAUCACGGACACCAGAAUAUGAACAAAUUUCUGGUCUACCAACAACAGAGAAACAAUAUGAAAACAUUGAUGCACUCCACUGAUGACUUUGCAAAGAGCAUGCACCACAUUUAAUAUCUUCCUUUUUUGCUUAUUAUCAGCUAGAAUCAUGCCCAAUUUUUGCCAUUUAGUAGAAAUGUAAUUAUGCAUUUUUUUGUAUUCAAAUGUUGAG